GAGUAGGCCGAGGCCCGUGCGGGGCUGCUCGGCUGGCCGGGCCGGACUGAGAGCCUCCAGGCCUCCUCACCGAAGACUCUGCGCCUGCGCCCGCCCCACCGCCGCGCUCCCUCGCUCGGCGCGAUCGCAGCCCCGCGGCAGCGCGCCGUCCGCGUUUCCGAGAGAUCCAUGGGCAGGAGCAAGGGCCGCGAUGACAGAUUACGGCGAGGAGCAGCGCAACGAGCUGGAGGCUCUGGAGUCCAUCUACCCCGACUCCUUCACAGUAUUAUCAGAAAACCCACCCAGCUUCACCAUUACUGUGACCUCUGAGGCUGGGGAAAAUGAUGAAACUGUCCAGACUACUCUCAAGUUUACAUACAGUGGAAAAUACCCAGAUGAAGCCCCACUUUAUGAAAUACUCUCCCAGGAAAAUCUAGAUGACAGUGAUAUCUCAGACAUUUUAAAAUUAUUAGCAUUACAGGCAGAAGAAAACCUUGGUAUGGUGAUGAUCUUUACUUUAGUGACAGCUGUACAAGAAAAACUGAAUGAAAUAGUAGAUCAAAUAAAAACUAGAAGAGAAGAAGAAAAGAAACAAAAAGAAAAAGAAGCAGAAGAAGCUGAAAAGCAAUUAUUUCAUGGCACUCCUGUUACAAUUGAGAAUUUCUUAAGUUGGAAGGCCAAAUUUGAUGCAGAACUGUUAGAAAUUAAAAAGAAACGAAUGAAAGAAGAAGAACAAGCUGGGAAAAAUAAACUAAGUGGGAAACAACUGUUUGAAACAGACCAUAAUCUGGACACAUCUGAUAUACAGUUCUUGGAAGAUGCAGGAAACAAUGUGGAAGUAGACGAGUCUUUGUUCCAGGAAAUGGAUGACUUGGAGCUAGAGGAUGAUGAGGAUGACCCAGACUACAAUCCUGCUGACCCGGAAAGUGAUUUGACUGACUGACUGAAGGACUAUCCCUGUCUGCGGAGAGGCUUGACUACCACAGCAUCUGUGGCUAUGCUGAGGGGGUGUUAAUUUUCCAUCCUUUUUUUUCUAAGAAAAAAAAAUAUUUUUCAGGAGAAUAUUCUUCUGAUAGCUUUCAUCAUUGAACUUAUUAAUAAACUGACCGUAAACAUUGAAA